CGGUGUGUGUGGGGUCAAAUUAUAAGUUUACUUAUAAAGCAAAAAGCGGAGCCGACAAAUGCCACUAGUAACAGUCAUUCCUUUUCGAUCUGUUCGUCGUAUAUCUAUUUCAAUUUCUACUCGAAGCGAGACCGAAGACAUGUCGGAUUCAAAAAAAAAGGUGAUUCUGGCGUACAGUGGCGGUUUAGAUACGUCUUGCAUAUUGUUCUGGCUUAGAGAAAAGGGAUACCAGGUUGUCGCUUAUAUGGCGAACAUCGGACAAAAUGAAGACUUGGAAGAGGCUCGGCAGAAGGCGCUAAAAAUUGGCGCUGUUAAGGUUGUGAUAGAUGAUCUCAAAGAAACAUUUGCGACUUCUUACGUGUGGCCCGCGGUGGCCUGCGGUUUGCUCUACGAGGGAAGAUAUCUUUUAGGUACUUCCAUAGCACGACCGUGCAUCAGCCAAGGUCUGAUAAAAACCGCAAGAGCGGAAGGUGCUAUUAUCAUCGCGCAUGGAGCUACCGGGAAAGGCAACGAUCAAGUUCGCUUUGAGCUGAGCUGCUACAGUCUUUAUCCCGAUAUCAAGAUUUUGGCACCGUGGAGAGAACAUGAAUUUUAUACCAGGUUCCAAGGAAGACCGGACUUGCUGGAGUAUGCCCAACAAAAUGGAAUUCCGAUUUCGGCGACACCAAAGGAGCCGUGGAGUACCGAUGCUAAUCUUGUGCACAUUAGCUAUGAAUCGGGAGUGUUGGAAAAUCCUGCAAACUCGGCGCCGAAAGGACUUUACAAAAUGACUAUUGAUCCCGUGAAUGCCGUUUCGGAGGCGGAGGAAAUCGAAAUCGAUUUCAAACACGGCUAUCCGUCCAGCGUGAGAAGCCUGAAGAACGGACGGACUUUCGACACUCCCCUGGCGAUAAUCGAGUAUCUCAACGAAGUCGGAGGCGCGCAUGGUAUCGGAAGAGUCGACAUCGUGGAAAAUCGAUACAUCGGAUUGAAAUCCCGUGGUAUUUACGAGUCACCAGGCGCCAAGAUUCUACAUGUUGCGCAUCAGGACUUGGAGGUGUUCGCGUUGGACCGCGAAGUUUUGAGAGUCAAGUCCUAUCUGACGGACAGGAUGUCGGAUUACGUGUAUAAUGGUUUCUGGUUCUCGCCCGAAUGCAACUUUGUACGGGAAAGCAUUCUUUGCGCGCAGAAAUACGUGAACGGCACAGUGAGACUGCAACUGUACAAAGGAAACGUGAUGGCGAUCGGCAGAUCGAGCAAAGUUUCGUUGUACAACGAAAAUCUCGUUUCGAUGGAUGUACAAGGCAACUUCGAGCCUGCCGACGCCACUGGAUUCAUUCGCACGCAGGCUCUAAGGUUGAAGGAGUUUCAUCGUUUCAACAAACAAUGCGAUGCCUGAAUAGAGAGAAUGAGACUCCUGUUACCUGCUGGUUCCGCAGAUUUCGAAUAAAAACGAAAUGCACUCCACUACUUAA